CUUAUUGAAUGAAUUGGUUGUUAAAUUGGCAACGUCAAAAAACAAAAAUUUCUGGACCUGUAAAUUUGUUUUUUGACUUUUUUGCCUCCACUCCUUUCUCAAUCAAUAGCGGCUGAGACAACGUCACACUUUCUUUAAGCGGAGACUUGGAACUUGAGAAUGCUCAUUCAAAUCGGCAACCACUUGAACAAUCGAGCCCAGGGCCCAUCCGAAACCCUCCUCUAACCGACAGACGUCAUGCUUAUCUCCAAGGAAAACAGGAAGCUCAUUUACGAAGCUCUUUUCAAGGACGGUGUCUUGGUCGCCCCCAAGGACUACAACCUCCCCAAGCACGCUGAAAUUGAUGUCCCUAACCUUCAGGUCGUCAAGGCUAUGCAAUCCUUGACCUCCCGUGGUUAUGUCAAGACUCAGUUCUCUUGGCAAUACUACUACUAUUCCCUCACCAACGAGGGAAUCGACUACCUUCGCGAGUUCCUCCAUCUUCCCACCGAGAUUGUCCCUGCCACUCUCAAGAAGGCUGCUCGUCCCGCUGCUCCUCGUCGCGCCGCUGAAGGCCCCCGUGGUCCCCGUGGUGACCGUGAUGACUACCGCCGCAAGGAAGGUGCCUCCGGUGAGUUCAAGCCAGAGUUCCGUGGUGGUCUCGGCCGCGGUCGUCGUGAGCAGCAAUAAGCUGUUGUAUACAAUGUCAUUGCAAUAUCAUAUAGUAAGCAUGCAUAAAAUCAAAUUAAAAAUUCAAAAAUUCGUAAUCUAGACGUGGUGUUUGUUUGCGAAAAGUCCAGUAUAA